AUGGACAGCCAUCAACUCUUUCUCCAUGCUGCUGCUACCGGUGACAUAGCAUCCAUGGAACAGGAAUAUCUGAAGAACAAGGCUGUCCUCACUGGCAAGGACUCCGAUAACCGUACAGCUCUCCACUUGGCUGUCCUUAACGGUCACUUGAAAGCUGUCGAACGGUUACUGGACUACGGCAUUGCCUGGUGCCCUAAGGACAACCAGGGCCAGACCGCAUUGCAUCUUGCAGCCCAGCUAUCAUCUGCAACAAUAGCCGAAACACUCCUUGAGAGAGGCGCGAACUGCUGCACCCAAGACCACGACGGGAAAACUCCCAUAUUUUAUGCCUACCAGAACUACUCCCCCGAUGUCCCUCACGCCACAGAUCAUUCUCCGAGGCGGCUGCCGCAAAUGGGCUCCCCUCCACGCUUAGUGAGGCUGCACGGCCCUUGA